UCACCUGAUUUACUAUUUGUACAAUGGUUCAAUCCAAGAAAUCUUAGGCUCUGACACUUCUGGAAAGGGGGUGAUGCAAAAUCGAAGGCACAGCAACUGAGAAUUAGCACACCAAGCUUGUUGGCACAUUCAAACAAGCCAUCUGGUAAACAUCGUUGUUGACUAGAACUUUCAAAUGCCAAGAAGAAAGAUGAUGUCUCUACAGAUAAAGCAAAGGCAGGAGUCUGCCAAAUGGUGGGAAGAACCUAUUAACAAGGCAUUCAUAAGGCUCUCGAGAAGAUGAUGAAGCCGGCUACUGGCUAUGUGGCGGGUGUCGGUACUGGGGCGACGGGACACAUAAUUUUCCAGCACCGGUAUCAACGAUAAACCGGGUGAGACGUGGGCGAUGAAGAAAUCCUUGGCGUACGAAGAAACUCCCCAAUCAGACAAGGGAGAAAAGGGUCCUAAAUGGUGGGAUAUUCAUAUCCCUGAUCACGCCAUAUUACGAUGUGUACAAAGACCUCUCAACCGAAAUGACGAAUCUGCAUGACCACAUGAAAUGCAAAUAAGGAGGACUACCUACUCAUGCCCGUAGUGUAAGUCCUAUUCGUGCCCUACCUUAGGGCAUCUUCAACGCUAACCUGUAUAUUUGUACUGCAAAUGUCCAUUUUUACGUCCGGACAGAGGUCCGGACACUGAUACAGAAGCGUGCAAUUCAACGCUAGAUGCAAACAUCCAUCUCUGUUUCCUCGGACAUUUUAUCGAAUCGGUUGGUGUGCGGCGUGGCGACUUGGUCAGGACACUGGAAAUGCUGGCACGGUUCGGCAAGCUCGUGGUUGCGGCAUGAGCCUGCACUGCCUGGCCAGCUGAGAAAGUGGCGCGACGCGGCGCGACCAGCUUUUGGGUCGGGUGGGCGCGGCGAUAGAGCCCGGCGAGCUCGGGCGCGCAACCACGACGGUAGGGGCGUCGAGUGCAGCCACGGGCACGCGGUGACGAUGGCAUGCGAGCUCGGGAAGCGGCGACGACGACACGCGAGCUCGGACGCAGCCACGCGCACGGUGACGACGGGCGCGGCCACAAUGGCAGUGGCGCGGCCAUGCGCACACGGUAACGGAGGCAGGCGAGCUCGGGCGCGCGACCACGACGACAGGGGCGUCGGGCGCGGCCACGACGGCACACAAGCUCGGGCGCGGUGACGACGAGCCUGACCACGGGCGCGCGGCCACAAUGGCAGCGUCGUCAUGCGCGGCCACAACGGCACGCAAGCUCGGGUGCGGCGACGACGAGCGUGAGCGCGGGCACACGGCCACAACAGAAGCGGCAUCUGGCGCGGCCACGACAAGCGUGGUCGCGUGGUCGCGGGUGCGCGACCACAACGACAGCUGCGUCCGGCGCGUCCACGCGCGCGCGGUGACGAAGUUACGCGAGCUUUCCUGGAUGCAGCUACUCUCGGUGUCGGCGUGCGUCUUCCUCUCCCUCAUCCGCGUCAUCCACCAGCACUACGACGGCACUGAGGACGCCCGCACCAACCGUGCGGCAGCGCUCAACAUCUUCCGCGGCGACGGGCAUGGAGGGCUCAUCGGCGGCGACGGGGAUGGAGAACUCGUCGGCGGCCAUGGGGAGGAGAGGUAGGAGGAGGCGGCGACGGGGAUGGAGGGCUC